AACUGCACGGGAAGGGCCUCAUGUGACGUCAUGGCGCGGCGGCUAGUGCUCCUUGGAGUGCUUGGAGUGGUGCUGAGCUAUUUAGGAGGUGUCUUCCUCCCAUCGCCUCCAGCCUGCAGCGAUGCCCCAGUGGCACAGCUCAGCGUGCGAUUCCAACGACAGCUGGACAGGCAGGAUGAAGCGAAGGUGACGAGUCGAGGAGAGAUGCUGAGAGAUCGUGAUACCUUCUUCUGGUCCUUGUUCACGGAUCACUUCGGCAGCAAUCCCAAUACGCCGUACAUGUGGCUGGCCCUCCCCGCCUUUGGCUUCUUCCUGCCUUCGCCCAUGUGGCAUAUGAAACGUCAGGAUGCGGUGCUGCUCAUUGCACGGCGCCCACCGGAGGUGGACUACUUCUCCUUCACCAGUUUCGCCUUGUGGGUCCCACGCAGGGGGUUGCAGUUCAGCAGUCUGGGAGAUAGCGUGAACAACUUGAACCUGAAACAGACGGAGGAUGGCGUCUUCGCGCACGUCUUGACGGCCAGUCGUUCGACCUUCAAGGUGGUGCAGCAGGCAUUGAUUGACAGCGGCCUCCCCGCCAGCGCCAUCAACCUCCGGGUGAUUCCUUCGGACAUUGGUGCCCUGUUUGAUGACUGGACCCAUUUCGAGACGGUGCUGCGGCUCUUUCGUUUUGAGAAUCAAAGCGAGGGCGAUGCGUAUUUGCGCUCACACUACCCGGUCUUCUACAUCAAGGGUCAAUCGGGGGGCGAGCUGUUUCCAACGGAAGCCUACAAGGAGAGGAAACACCCAGAUAGCAAGCACGAGAGAGACUUGGAGGCAGAGUUUGAUUCGUACAAUCAGAAGAUGCUGAAAGAAGUUGGCGAACAGCUGGAACUGAAUGUGGAGGAUGUGCAGCCGGUGAAGUUUGCGCCGUUGAUGAUUCAGGGUUUGGAAUGUCUCAAGCACGACACGCAGUGCUUAGGGGACUGUCCUGAUGCAGCAUACUAUGGGCCAUACAUUCGAGAGGACAGUGACGUGAUCGACAUGUUAACCCUGGAGGAUGAUGAAGUACAUUUGGUUGGCUUGGUGAACCAUCGAUAUUGGAAUGUCUCUGUCUAUGGAAGCCUUGCGGCUUUGAGGAGUGCUUCGUCAAAACACUCCACGCUCAGCAAAACGCGGAUGAACAUCCGUGCAACGCCUUUGGGGGUCACCACUUUCGACUUCGAGGCAUCUCCCUUCGCGUCCUGGGCCUUCACCCGUUCCACCGAGCUCUGCGACCAGCUCUCGACGCCGAUCGGCUGCACGGUGGUGGAGGAGCGACACGUGGCAAGCAACGGCUUCCUGACGUACUGCGAACGGAUUUACCUGAAUCCUACCACUGGAACAGGCCCCCAUUGGGAUGACCUGCUCCCGGCGCGCCUCUUCCAGCUGAAGCGCCGCCGGAAGUCUCCGACGGAGACGGCGGUGGUCGGUGGGCUGCCGGAGGCGAUCCCAGUGCAAGUCUUCAACCAGAGCGUCCCUAUGCAUUUCACCCAUAUCGUGAAGACUGGCGGCGAAUCUUUAGAGCUUCACCUGGCUCCACAGCCGGCUCCACGUCUGGACUAUAGCGCCUGCAGAAAAGCUGCGGUGAGAUUUCAAGGUCCAGCUGCCGAAAACGUCUCCUAUGGCUGCGCCACGGCUGCGCGGUCGGUCAGUAUUGCGCUGUGCGGUCUCAACUGUGAAUGCUGCGCCAAGGAUGUGCGAAAGAUCUCCGGGGGGUUCCACGGCACACUGAUCAGAUCACCACGGGCUCAUACCUUGUCGAUUUUUUCCCAGUGUCAUGUGGCGCAUCAGAACAGCUGGCAGCGCAUCGUGGAAGAUCUUCCACAGUACCUCGCGGAGGGCAUCUUGCGUGGCACGGAACGCGCCUGUGGCAGCUACUGUACCACUUUCGAGUCCCAAUGGGAAGCUGAUCUGAGGGGCGUCAUUUCUCAGAAGCAUCCUGAGGAACUGCAGGUCAUUCCGUUUCUGCACAACAUGCAGUCGCACACGCUGACCUGCAGCACUGCAGAGCACAGCUUGGGGCAACACUUUCGGCUGAAGGAGGAACCCAGAGAGCCAUCCUUUGCGGAAGCCAAUGCGUCUCUGCAUUCGUUCGAUUGGAUAGGCCUCACAGACCUCUUCGAGCACAGUGUUUGCUUGCUCCACUACCAAGCCAACGGUUCCCUCCCGGCCCGCUGCGACUGUGACAGCGACGCCUUCCUGGCGCUGCCGCGCUUCACCCACGGCGUGCUGCGGCGCGAUGCUGGGAAGCUGCCGGAGGAUCUACUCCAAAAGAUCGACAACUUUACGGCGGUGGACGCGCAGCUCUUCGCCAGUGCCUUGCGGCUGCUGCUGGGGCGCCUGCGCUACGUGGAGCAAGUCACCCAGAGGUCCCUGCUGCGCUGCGUGCGCUGGCGAAGGUUAUGGCAGACCACUCGCUACAUCCCCAACCUCUGGGCCGGUCCCUCCCAGCUUCUGCCCAGCUGAUCCCCAAGUAGCUGCAACGGCGUGGACGGCACGGCACACGAUGGCGGCGGUGAACUGCGAUCGCCUCGAGAUGUGAGGAGGACGAGAUGAAAGGACCUGGAUGCCACUGCGAAAGGAGAAAAAUCUCUGCGAUGCAGUGCGGAUGCAGAGGGAUAAAUUGGAGCAACUGAGGAUGUCAGUAUAGCCACCAGUCGCUAUAUCAACUAAAAUUUAUUUUCGAAUUCGAUGUUUCAUUCGAACAGCAUGUGCCAGAAAAUGGUGGUAGAAAUGGAGAUCAUCAAGAUCACACUUCAGAUGUUUCACGUGGAUUCAAGUCCAAUCAAAGGGUUUCAUUGUACAAGCCAUAUGUUGCUAUGUGGCAAUUUAGCUUCAUCCACGCUUCACCAGCAGGGAGCUUCAUCCGUGG